AUGAGCUACCCAGGACAAGGCGGCAACACUUAUGGCGGCGGCCCGCCCGGCGGAUAUGGCGGAUACAACCAGCAGGACCGGUAUGGCGGCGGCGGCGGCAACUAUGGACCUCCCCAGGGCCCUCCUCCGGGCCAGUAUGGUGGCGGAUAUGGAGGUCCUGGAGGGGGAUACGGAGGUUCGGGAGGUGGAUAUGGGCCUCCUCAGGGUCCUCCUCCAGGCCAAUACGGAGGUUCGGGAGGUCCUGGCGGCUAUGGACCCCCACAGGGACCCCCUCCUGGGCAAAGGGGCAACUAUGGACCUCCUCAAGGUCCUCCUGGAGGCCAGGGGGGCGGCGGAGGAGGAUAUGGACACCCCGGAAUGGGCAAUCAGGCGCCCCCAGGACAAUACGGACAGCCCGGACCGCCCGGACCGCACGGAAAUCACAACAUGCCUCCUCAGGGCAACCAGGCAUUUGGAGGCACCCAGGGCUACCAUUUCCAGUACUCCAACUGUUCGGGUAAGAAGAAGGCGUUAUUGAUUGGCUGCAACUACAUUGGCUCCAAAAACGCGCUGCGAGGCUGUAUCAACGACGUGCACAACCUGCAGCGGUACCUGGUGCAGCGGGCGGGAUACAAGCCCGACGACAUGGUGAUUCUCACCGACGACCAGCGCGACCAGCGGUCGAUCCCCACCAAGCAGAACAUUCUGCAGGCGUGCCAGUGGCUGGUCAAGGGCGCGCAGCCCAACGAUUCGCUGGUGUUUCAUUUUUCGGGCCACGGCGGCCAGGAAAAGGAUGUCGACGGCGACGAGGACGAUGGCUACGACGAAUGCAUCUAUCCCGUGGACUUCCAACGGGCCGGAUCCAUCAUCGACGACGUGCUGCAUGACAUUCUUGUCAAGUCGCUUCCUCCUGGAUGCCGCCUGACCGCGUUGUUCGACUCGUGCCACUCAGGCACAGCCCUCGAUCUGCCCUACGUCUACUCCACCAAGGGCAUUUUGAAGGAGCCCAACCUGGCCAAGGAGGCCGGACAAGGCCUGUUGGGUGCUGUGUCGUCCUACGCCCGGGGCGACAUCGGAGGCGCUCUGUCGUCCAUCAUGGGAACCGUCAAACAGGCCACCACUGGCUCGGGAGCCAACCAGCGGGCCAAACAGACCAAGACGGCACCCUGUGACGCCAUUUCCAUCUCCGGAUGCAAGGACAGCCAGACCUCUGCCGACGCCAUGGAGGGCGGCACCGCCACCGGCGCCAUGUCGUUUGCCUUCAUCGAGGUUAUGACACGUGACCCCAACCAGAGCUAUUUGUCAUUGCUGAACAAUAUGCGGGAGGUUCUGCGGGGCAAAUAUUCACAGAAGCCGCAAUUGAGUGCCUCUCAUCCUACCGAUGUGAACCUCAAGUUCAUUAUGUAG